UGCAACUUUAACAUGUUGUAUUUCCACUUUCAUCUUAUUCUUAAUAAUAACCUUACUAACAUUAUUAACAUUCUCCAGCUUCAUUACAAUUUUCACAUCCAUCUUGACAAUUAGAAGUAUUGUUGUUUUCAUCUGUGGUUUGAUUUUCUAAACAUUAUCUUUCAGUUUCAUUAUAUUAAUAUCCACUCAUACAAGUAUUGCAUCCGCUUUAAUCACAUGUUUCACAGUUUUCGAAUUUAUUGCUGCAAUUUUAACAUAUUGUUUUUCCACUUUCAUCCUAUUCUUAAUAAUAACCUUACUAACAUUAUUAACAUUCUCCAGCUUCAUUACAAUUUUCACAUCCAUCUUGACAAUUAGAAGUAUUGUUGUUUUCAUCUGUGGUUUGAUUUUCUAAACAUUAUCUUUCAGAUUCUUUUAAUAAAUAUCCAACAGUGCAAGAAAUACAUCCGCUUUAAUCACAUGAUUCACAGUUUUCGAAUUUACUGAUGCAACUUUAACAUGUUGUAUUUCCACUUUCAUCCUAUUCUUAAUAAUAACCUUACUAACAUUAUUAACAUUCUCCAGCUUCAUUACAAUUUUCACAUCCAUCUUGACAAUUAGAAGUAUUGUUGUUUUCAUCUGUGGUUUGAUUUUCUAAACAUUAUCUUUCAGCUUCUUUAAAUAAAUAUCCAACAGUGCAAGAAAUACAUCCGCUUUAAUCACAUGAUUCACAGUUUUCGAAUUUACUGCUGCAACUUUAACAUGUUGUAUUUCCACUUUCAUCUUAUUCUUAAUAAUAACCUUACUAACAUUAUUAACAUUCUCCAGCUUCAUUACAAUUUUCACAUCCAUCUUGACAAUUAGAAGUAUUGUUGUUUUCAUCUGUGGUUUGAUUUUCUAAACAUUAUCUUUCAGCUUCUUUAAAUAAAUAUCCAACAGUGCAAGAAAUACAUCCGCUUUAAUCACAUGAUUCACAGUUUUCGAAUUUACUGCUGCAACUUUAACAUGUUGUAUUUCCACUUUCAUCCUAUUCUUAAUAAUAACCUUACUAACAUUAUUAACAUUCUCCAGCUUCAUUACAAUUUUCACAUCCAUCUUGACAAUUAGAAGUAUUGUUGUUUUCAUCUGUGGUUUGAUUUUCUAAACAUUAUCUUUCAGCUUCUUUAAAUAAAUAUCCAACAGUGCAAGAAAUACAUCCGCUUUAAUCACAUGAUUCACAGUUUUAGAAUUUACUGCUGCAACUUUAACAUGUUGUAUUUCCACUUUCAUCCUAUUCUUAAUAAUAACCUUACUAACAUUAUUAACAUUCUCCAGCUUCAUUACAAUUUUCACAUCCAUCUUGACAAUUAGAAGUAUUGUUGUUUUCAUCUGUGGUUUGAUUUUCUAAACAUUAUCUUUCAGUUUCAUUAUAUUAAUAUCCACUCAUACAAGUAUUGCAUCCGCUUUAAUCACAUGUUUCACAGUUUUCGAAUUUACUGCUGCAACUUUAACAUGUUGUAUUUCCACUUUCAUCCUAUUCUUAAUAAUAACCUUACUAACAUUAUUAACCUUCAUCAGAUUUAGAACAAUUAUGGCACUGAUUAUCUUCAUUACCGCCAUUAUUAUUUUCAUCUAUGUUUUAAUCAUUUUAGCAUUAAUUUUCUUAUUAAUUUUUUGUAUAACCAUUUAUACAAGAAAUGCAAUAAUCUUCUUCACAUGUUUCACAAUUAUCAAAUUUACUGUCACACUUUAUACAUAUAGUAUUUCCUUUUUCAUCUUCAUCAUCAUAGUAAUUACUUUUACAUUAUAAACAUUCCCCUGAUUCAGAGCAAUCAUCACAACCAUCAUCACAUUAUAAAUAAUUAUUACUUUCAUCGGUGUUUGUAAUUUAUUAGCAUUAUUAAUCAAUUUCGUUUUAUUUAUAUCCAAUCUUACAUUAUUUGCAUCCAUUUUAAUCACAUAAUUCACAAUUUUCGAAUUUUAUACCGCAUCUUAAACAUACUUUAUUAUCAUUUUCAUCAUUAUCUUCAUAAUAUUCUUCAUUACAUUUUUCACAUUUUCUGUUUUCAUUACAAAUUUAACAUCCAUCAUCGCAAUCAGAAACAUUAUUAUAUUCAUCUGUGUUACUAUUUUCUUAGCAUUAUUAUUCAGAUUCAUUAUAUUAAAACCCACUAAUACAUGAAUCGCAUACAUUUUAAUCACAUUUUGCACAAUUAUCGAAUUUACUACUGCAAAGAAAACAUUAAUUAUUUUUUUAAUCAUAAUAAUAAUCAUUUUAGCAUUAUUAACAUAUUUAAGAUUAAUCACAUUACAAGCAUCCCGUAGGGCAUUUAUAUUCACCGUCUUCUGAA